AUGGUCCUCGCCCUCAACGGCAGUCACCUCUACGGUAACCUCCGGCCCUUGGUCCUGGAGGAGCCGCGGGCGCUGAGCGGCGGCAGGAUGAUCGCCGGCUCCUGGCCCCCGCGCAGCCUGGCGAAGCUCGGCCUCGCCCCCCCGUCGGCGCUGCCCACGGCGAGCCCCCUCCCCGCCAACGACUCCCAGUGCGGGGAGCAGAUCCUCAGCUACGGCAACGUGGAGAAAGUUGUCAUCGGGGCCGUCCUCUCCCUCAUCACCCUGCUGACCAUCGCCGGCAACUGCCUGGUGGUCAUCUCCGUCUGCUUCGUGAAGAAGCUGCGGCAGCCCUCCAACUAUCUCAUCGUCUCGCUGGCCCUGGCCGACCUCUCGGUGGCCCUGGCCGUCAUGCCCUUCGUCAGCGUGACCGACCUCAUCGGCGGCGAGUGGAUCUUCGGGCGCCUUUUCUGCAACGUCUUCAUCGCCAUGGAUGUCAUGUGCUGCACGGCCUCCAUCAUGACUCUCUGCCUGAUAAGUAUCGACAGGUACCUGGGAAUAACAAGACCUCUUACGUACCCUGUAAGGCAGAAUGGGAAGCGUAUGGCCAAAAUGAUCCUGUGUGUAUGGCUCUUAUCUGCCUCUAUCACUAUACCCCCGCUCUUCGGUUGGGCCCAAAAUGUAAAUGAUGAAAAGGUUUGUUUGAUCAGUCAAGACUUUGGCUACACCAUUUACUCCACAGCAGUUGCAUUUUAUAUUCCAAUGUCAGUGAUGCUUUUCAUGUACUAUCAGAUUUACAAAGCUGCCAAGAGGAGUGCUGCUAAACACAAGUUUGCUGGUUUUCCCCGGCCGGAAGAAAUGGAAGGGGUUUCUAUGAAUGGAGUUGUAAAACUGCAUAAGGAAUCUGAAGAAUGUGCUAAUUUUUCACGACUCCUAAAGCACGACAAGAAAAACAUUUCCAUCUUUAAAAGAGAACAGAAAGCUGCCACUACGCUUGGGAUUAUUGUUGGGGCUUUCACUGUCUGCUGGCUGCCCUUCUUCCUCCUCUCAACCGCCAGGCCCUUCAUCUGCGGUACAGCAUGCAGCUGUAUCCCACUGUGGGUUGAGAGAACAUUUCUAUGGUUGGGUUAUGCAAACUCUCUCAUUAAUCCUUUUAUAUACGCCUUCUUCAAUCGGGACCUGAGGACAACUUAUCGCAACCUCCUGCAAUGCAGAUAUAGGAAUAUCAACCGGAAACUGUCAGCUGCAGGGAUGCAUGAGGCUCUGAAGCUUGCAGAAAAGCCAGAAUUUGUUCUGUAA